AGCAGUGUUAAGGGUUAAUUCUGCUCUCCCUCUUUCCCUCUCUCUCUCUCUCUCUCUACUCCACUCCACUCCACAGUUCCGGCGAUGCUGCUCUUACCAGAGAAAAACAAACACAAUCCACAUACUCAUACACUCACAUGCAGCGGAGAGGGCUGCUGCUCCUUCGUCUCCUCUUUCAUACACAGAUACUCUGUCUAAUUACAAACAAUCCACUUCUGCCUCGCAGUUGACAGAAGACCCGGAGGAGGAUACAGCAGGAAUGUGACUGAGGCUCUUCAUCUGAAAAACAUCUGCCCGGAGGACUCCUCCCUCAUCCUCUCUUGGUGGUUCCCUCUAGCUCUGCAGAAGCGUGUGACGCCCCGCUGUGUGUUGCUGCCCGGGGAAUGCUCAGAGGACGGAUAAACGAGGUCUGAACACAAUGAGCAGCCAGGACAAAUGGGUCACACUGACCCCAGCUGAAUUCGCCCUGCUACAAGAAUACACUCAGUACUCAACCAAGAAGCUGAAGGAUGUGCUUCAGGAGUUCCAUGGAGAUGGUGUGUUAGCUAAAUACAAUCCAGAGGAGAAACAGGACAUCCUCAGCCAGGAGAUUGACUUUGAGGGCUUCAAGGUCUUCAUGCAGACGUUCCUGGAGAGCGAACUCCCCGAAGAGUUCUGUCAACACCUCUUCAUGACGUUUAGCAACAAGGGACCCAAACCCAGUCCCUCAUCUUCUGACAAACCCAGAGUCUCUGGGCUGAAGCUGAUCAAAGGCAACGCAACCCCUCUGAAGACGGCCGCGUUGCCCCAACCUCUGGAUACGGUGCAGCUAAAGGACAUUGUGUGUUACCUGUCGCUGCUUGAGGGCGGGCGUCCUGAGGACAAGCUUGAGUUUAUGUUUCGCCUCUAUGACACUGAUGGAAACGGGUCUUUGGACAGCUCGGAGCUGGAGCACAUUAUCUCCCAGAUGAUGCAUGUAGCCGAGUACCUGGAAUGGGAUGUGACCGAGCUGAAACCAAUCCUCCAAGAUAUGAUGCGGGAGAUCGACUACGAUCAUGAUGGCACAGUGUCACUGGGGGAGUGGAUCCAGGGAGGCAUGACCACCAUCCCCCUGCUGGUCUUGCUGGGCCUGGAGACGAAUGUUAAAGAUGACGGGCAACAUGUGUGGAGACUGAAGCACUUCAACAAGCCGGCCUACUGUAACCUGUGUCUCAACAUGCUAAUUGGACUAGGGAAGCAGGGACUGUGUUGCUCAUUUUGCAAGUACACAGUCCACGAGCGCUGCGUGGCUCGCGCUCCGCCGUCUUGCAUCAAAACCUAUGUCAAGUCCAAGAAAAACACAGAGGUAAUGCAUCAUUUCUGGGUGGAAGGGAACUGCCCCACCAAGUGUGACAAGUGUCACAAAACCGUUAAGUGUUACCAGGGCCUGACUGGGCUCCACUGUGUGUGGUGUCAAAUCACGCUCCAUAACAAGUGUGCCUCCCAUGUGAAACCUGAGUGUGACUGUGGACCCCUGAAGGAUCACAUCCUGCCCCCAAACUCAAUCUGCCCCGUCGUCCUGGAAAGGCAGUCGACGCUCAGGAAAGACUCCCGGUCCAGCCAGUCGAGCCGGGGGAAGAUGCAGAGAGCCAACUCGGUCACAGUGGACGGCCAAGGACUGCAGAUCACAACAAUAGAGGGCACUCAUCCUCUGUUAGUGUUUGUCAAUCCGAAGAGCGGGGGGAAGCAAGGAGAGAGGAUUUACAGAAAGUUCCAGUAUCUUCUGAACCCGAGACAAGUGUACAACCUUGCCAAGAAUGGACCCAUGCCAGGGCUGAACUUCUUCAGAGAUGUUCCAGGCUUCAGAGUGCUGGCCUGUGGAGGGGACGGCACCGUGGGCUGGAUCCUGGACUUCAUAGAUAAGGCCAACCUGGACAGGAACCCCCCCGUGUGUAUACUUCCUCUUGGCACGGGCAACGACCUGGCAAGAUGUCUGCGAUGGGGAGGAGGCUAUGAGGGCGAGAGCCUGCUGAAGAUCAUGCAGGACAUCGAGAACAGUUCAGAGGUGAUGCUGGAUCGCUGGAAGUUUGAUGUCACACCCACAGACAAGGAGGAGCGAGGGGACCCGGUGCCUUACAGUAUCGUCAACAACUACUUCUCCAUUGGAGUGGUGAGUCACACUUACAGUCAGUAUUCGUGGCACUGGUGAGGCAGGAGAACUAGGGAACGGGAAUCUUGAGUUGUAUAUACUGUAUAUUAUAUAGUCCUUGGUUGAGAAAGUGAAAGAUCAUACCAAGGGCUAGGUACCAGUUUCA